AUGUUUCUUAUAUUCCACUAACAGCAUAUAAAUCUCAAUCUAAUCUGUCAAAAUGCUACCAAAUUUCAACAGGUAUCUUUCUUUCUUGCUUCUAAUAAACAUCUUCUCCUCCUCUACUGCUGCUGCUACCACUGACGGCUCUGGCGUAAUCAAAUUCCAAUAUAAUGGUUAUGAAACAGGAAAGUCUUUUAUCACUUUAUCUUUGGGAACUCCUCCACAAAGAUUAAACGUUUCUUUAAAUUUCGAUUCCAAUAUUGUUUGGGUAAUUUCUAUUUUAAACCCCUACUGCUUUUAUUCUGAUACUCAGUACUAUUUCCAUGAUAACAAUUUUACUUAUCCCAGUGGUGAGAUCCUUGUGAAUCAUUGUUACAACUAUGGUAUCUUCAGAGAACAUAAUUCUUCCACUUUUCAAUUUCUCAAUUCCGUUGAUGAUCCAAUCUUGUCAUUAAAUACCUCUUUCAAUUUAAACUCGUCAGAUCUAACCGUUGCAAGUGGAUUAUGGGGUAAAGAUGUUCUACAUUUUAGUGAUGGAACAACUUUCAGUGACUUCAAGUUUGGUUUGGCUCUAUCAGUUAAUGAGGCCUUUGGAAGUUUUGGUAUAUCCUCUUUUAAUAUCACUGAUCAAAAUUCAAACUCUUACAAUAGAAGUAAUCUAAUGGACUUAUUGGUCGACCAAAAUCUAAUUCAAAGAAAAGUAUUGGCUGAAUAUUUCAGAUAUGAGUCUUCAACUUCUUUCUACUACCAAGGAUCCCUUUUAAUUGGAGGUAUAGAUCACACAAGGUAUGAAGGGCAGUUAACGACUUUCCCAAUGAUUAAUCGAUUUGACCAAAAUAUCAAUCCCGAUAUCGAGCAUUUAGAUAUCACCCUAUCCUCUUUUUCUCUAAAAUUUUCAACAGAUGUUUUAAAUAAAUUUGCCAAUGCCUCCUUUUCAAAUCAGUUCUUUGAGUUAGCAAUGCAGCAAUUAAACAUCACUUCAGAAACUACUUUUAUAAACUCUAGUAACGAAACUAGAUCCGAAGCAGAAUUGUGUUUCACUGAUAAAUUAUAUCCAAUAUCUUUCUCUCAUGAUGGUUCAAGAUCCUAUUUCCCCCCUGACAUCUAUGAUUCUCUUUUGUCCUCAAUCUCUUUCUUCGAUUCUGAUUUAGUAGUCAAAAAUGACAAUUAUUCUGAUGUUUACGAUAUAUUAUACAAUUUGGGUUGCUAUUUAUCCUUUAAUUUUUCAGGCCUAAUAGCAGAUAUCCCCAUUUAUAAAAUAUCCGUUAAUUUUGAUUCUCUUCGUACUUAUAAUGACAUGAAUGAUGUUGAAUAUAAUAAAACAGUCAAUGAAACCUAUCUUAAUUUCAAUUUCCGUAAAAAUCCAAAUGGUGACUUUUUCAUUUUAGGUAACUUCUUUUUAAACUACUUUUAUGCUGUCUACGAUUAUGAUUACUAUACUAUAUCUCUUGCUCCAACUGUCAAUUCAACAAAAAAUCAAUUUCCAAUCUUGGAUGAAGAAUGGAAUGCUUAUAUUAAUGAUUACGAAGGCUAUUCAGAUGCAGACUCUGAAAUCGAAUUUGAUGAUGUCAAUAUUGUUUCCCAAGGUGAAGAAAUAUCAAGAGCAACAAAGGCAAAAUAUUACUCCAAUUCCUAUUUUCAAUACAUCACAUCAUACAUCAACAUUACACGAUAUCCUGCUACUCAAAUCUACACUUACGAAAACUAUACCUUAUACUCUUCAUAUACCUCAAAAUUAUUCCUAGCCUCUACCCCAGUUGGGACUUAUGAUUUCUAUACAACUACUUCAAUUGGAAAUGGUCCAUGGACCACAACAGUAACAGCAACCAUCACAGGAGGAACUGAUGCACUCGCUUCCUUCAAAGAAAGUAUCUAUAGCUUGGGAUUCACAAGAACAUUUUCAACUGCAUCAUCGGAAAAUGACACUCUUCAAUUCGUUAGAGAUCUCAGCAGUGGCUCAAGACUAUCUCCUUUUAACUUUUCAAUCCUAUUUAUUUUUGCUGGUUCUCUUAUUUUUAUCGUGCUAUUAGUUUAGUCAACUAAAAAAAC